ACAUCCAAGAUGGCGCCCCCGGGAGCUGGGAGAGGGUGACCGGCAGCGGGGAAGCGGCCUGGGCUGGCCCUGCGAUUGCGGGGUCCUGGGGGCAUCUCGCUGGGUACCCCCCUGGCCAGCCUACAGGGCCUUCCCCGGGCCGGAGCAAUGGCCGCCGAGAACAGCAAGCAGUUUUGGAAGAGGAGCGCCAAGCUACCGGGGAGCAUCCAGCCCGUGUAUGGAGCACAGCACCCUCCUUUGGACCCUCGGCUCACCAAAAACUUCAUUAAAGAGCGGUCAAAAGUCAGCACGGUUCCUCUGAAGAAUAAGAAGGCCUCCAGUUUUCAUGAGUUUGCCCGGAACACCAGUGAUGCUUGGGACAUUGGCGAUGACGAGGAAGAGGACUUUUCCUCCCCUUCUUUCCAAACUCUGAACUCAAAAGUUGCUUUGGCAACUGCUGCCCAAGUGCUAGAAAACCAUAGCAAGCUGAGAGUGAGACCAGAACGGUCCCAGUCCACGACAUCCGAAGUUCCUGCCAGCCACAAGGUUAUAAAGUCCAGCAGUGACGCCCAGCUGUCCAGAAAUUCCAGUGAUACAUGCCUGAGGAACCCACUCCACAAACAGCAGUCACUCCCUCUCCGACCCAUCAUCCCCCUUGUUGCCCGGAUCUCGGACCAGAACGCUUCUGGGGCACCCCCGAUGACUGUCCGGGAGAAAACCCGCCUAGAAAAAUUCCGUCAGCUUCUCUCCAGCCACAACACCGACUUAGAUGAACUGAGGAAGUGUAGCUGGCCAGGGGUUCCCAGGGAGGUUCGGCCUGUAACCUGGAGACUCCUGUCGGGCUAUCUCCCAGCAAACACCGAGAGGAGGAAGUUGACCUUGCAGCGGAAGCGGGAGGAGUAUUUUGGCUUCAUUGAACAGUAUUAUGACUCUCGAAAUGAGGAACAUCACCAGGAUACCUACAGACAGAUUCACAUCGACAUUCCAAGGACGAAUCCUCUCAUUCCAUUGUUCCAGCAACCACUUGUACAGGAGAUCUUUGAAAGAAUUCUAUUUAUUUGGGCCAUCCGACACCCUGCCAGUGGGUAUGUCCAAGGAAUUAAUGACCUGGUCACUCCGUUCUUUGUCGUCUUCCUCUCAGAAUAUGUCGAAGAGGAUGUGGAGAACUUUGACGUGACCAAUUUGUCUCAGGACAUGCUGCGAAGCAUAGAAGCCGACAGCUUUUGGUGCAUGAGCAAACUGCUGGAUGGGAUACAGGAUAACUACACCUUUGCACAACCAGGGAUCCAGAAGAAGGUCAAGGCACUAGAAGAGCUUGUCAGUCGGAUUGAUGAGCAGGUACAUAAUCACUUCAGGAGGUACGAGGUCGAAUACCUACAGUUUGCCUUUCGUUGGAUGAACAACCUGCUUAUGCGGGAGCUUCCCCUUCGCUGCACCAUCCGCCUGUGGGACACAUACCAGUCUGAACCCGAAGGGUUCUCCCACUUUCAUCUCUACGUGUGUGCAGCCUUCUUGAUCAAGUGGAGGAAAGAGAUCUUGGAUGAGGAGGACUUUCAGGGUCUCCUCAUGCUGCUACAAAACCUACCUACGAUACACUGGGGCAACGAAGAGAUUGGGCUGCUCCUCGCUGAGGCGUAUAGACUCAAGUACAUGUUUGCCGACGCCCCCAAUCACUACCGCCGAUAGGUGCUGUCUCCCCGCGGGGACCCAGACUGCCCCCAUCUCUGAUGGCAAUCUGAUCACUGUGGCCACUGUGCGAGCCGUGGACCCCGGCCAGGAACCACUCCUGCUGUAAAAAGCUCACAUCCGCCACCCAGGUCUUAACUUUUUGGCGUGCCUGUCCACCACUCCAUGUCUCCAGAUGGCUCUCCUGGACCACUAUCAGUAUUCCAUGACAUGUGGAUGGGCCCAGCUCUGGGAGAGGACAGAAAAGGAGGUACAGGGUUGUCUGCCCCUUUAAAAGAAACUGGACAGAAGAAGGGGAAGGCUCAGGGUCUCCAGUCACAUUGCCCUACAUGGACUGGCUGUCUCUUGCCUCCCAGCUCCAACUGAUACUGUUGCUUUUUUGUGACAUAGUUUGAUUUGCUCACAGGUCAAAAACGCCUUAUGUUUUCAAAAGACUCCUGGCCCCUCCCCUCUAUCCCCAAUUCCUAGCCUUUCCCCUUCUGCCCAAGUCUGAGCCAGUGAGGGGCAGCUUUUUAAGACCAUUGUUCUCAGAUGGAGGAGGCACUGAUGCUUAUAACUCUGGGAAGAGGCCUACACCCAAGGGCUAGGAAUUUCAUUUUUCCUUUUCUCACCAGACAUCUGUAUGUGUGCCUGCGUCUGUGUGUGUAUGUGGGUAUACACACCCAUCAGCAUUUAGUUACACGUCUGAAUGUCUGUGUCCAGACUAUCCCCAUUGCAACCAGCUGGGAAGGGCCCCAGUGACCACAUACACAAGCAUCCCUUGAGAAGGAUCAGGGUGGGGGAGGGAGAAGGGGCUUUUUACCUCUCCAGACGCUUUUUCCAUGAUGACCCACUCCAAGAUAUUGUGUGUAAAUUGUGUUAUUAUGUAUAUGGGUAAAGAUGUAUAAAUAUAUGUCUUCUUUGUAGCAGAUAUGAUUUUAUAUUUAUAAUGUGCAUCAACAUGUGAAAGCAAUCUAGGUCACUAGCACAAAUGAAGUUGCCGGGCAGGUGGCUUCAGCACCUCCAGGUUGGCUUCUGGUGCCCUCCUGUGAGGGGAGUGAACGGGAGUCUGCUAGAGUGAGCACAGCCAAGCAGAUGGAGCUGCUUUGAAGACCGGGUGGCAGCCAACCCAGGCAUCCGUGUCUCAGAGUUUUCUCUCCCUGCCCCCCACCCCUCAAUCCCUACCCCAGGCCUUUGUGGAGCAUCUGCCGUGCUCCUUACACGUCUUCAGCGGUCAGAGCUCCCCACCCUUCUCCCCUAGCAGCCUCCCAGAGAGAGGACUACAGAGGCAGAAGCCCUUCUGCAUGUUUUAGCCCCUGCCUUUCCCCUGGAAGCUGGGGAGGGCUUUUGUUUUUACAUUUUUAAGUCAGCAUUGUAUUCAAGACAGAAGCUGUGACUGACUGUCAGUGCCAAGGAGAGGGGUUCCUGUGUGUCCCUGGGGUUUUGGGCUCUUCCCAGAGAGAGGUGUUCGGUGUCCCCCACUGUCACCAUCACACCCCACACAGCUCAUGAGAUGUGUGACCUGUGUUGGAUGUUGGGUGUUUGGUAGUGAAGAGGUGGCAGACAGCCGGCACCCUCUUGGAAAGCCAGGCAGUUUUCCCCUGUGGGUAAGGCCCUGAGCCUGCCAGUGAAGCCCACCACGCUGGCAUGUUACAUUUCUCAUCGGGAGCUGUUUCUCAGGCAUUCUUUCUAGCCCUUUCCUUUUCCCCUUCAGUGUGCCUCAAUAGUCUCCUUCACAGAGUGAGAGGGCUGUGACCCUCCCUCGAUGGACUAAUUAAAGAAAGACACUUGUGUUCCCAAGUGGUGGUUUUAUUUUUUUAGUUUUUAUGUUUGUAUGGGAAAUUGUGGAUAAAGUGAAAGAAUUGUAAAUAAACAGUGUAUUUCCUCCUCCA